AUGGAAUUCGUCCAAAACGAAGGACAGUCCCUGCCUUCUCCCGCUCCCUCAUCCUCGCUAACAGCUGCAACAACAUCUGCUUCUUCACUCCCAACACCACGGCAUUACCCAUUGAAACCGGGAUCCCAAAAGGAGAUUGCAUUCAUCAAUUAUGUCGAUUCAAAGAUUCUGCACAUCAAUCGUCGCUAUGCUAAGAAAUUCAGCAGCGGCAGAGAUGAGAUAGACGAGGAGGCCCGCGGCUACGAUGAUUUCGAGAACGUCGUUGAGGAUCUGGAACAUGUCCUAGAUGCAAUCUGGGUGAGCGGCACUCCCACUUUGCAGAUUCCCUAUCUGUUGUCGCUGGCUGGACUCAUCGCCGAGUUUCUGCCUGCUUUCCCGUUCAAUGAAGGUCCUACGAUGCAUUUGGUGGACAAGAUGGACCAAGCAUUCGCAAUUCUCCUCAGUCAACGAAAGGAUUCCAUGUUGCCUUUUGCUAGUGAUGCGAGCAACCAACUUGUCUCUGUCACAGACAGAGUCAGGAUCCGAUCUGUUAUCGAGAGCACUCGAGUUAUUGCUGUUGAAGCCUCUACCAAAGAUCGUGCAUCUGCUGACACCCAAGACGCUUCUGAGGGUUUUACGGAGUCGGAAUACGAUGAGCCCACUUCAGCUGAUAGCAAUGUACAGGGUAGAAACUCUCUCAAUAUGAGCAUUUCCAGAAUGUACGAACGAUCACUCAGUAUCCUUGGCGACAGCCUUGGAUGA